AUGCUUGUGGGUGUAAUCCCGUUUCUGUUCUGGUGGCAAAAGAUACCUGCUUUUGCAGAUACCUCUCCUGUUGGGCUCACCUCCUUGAAAGAAAGUGGAUGUAAUGAAGAGACUCGGGGCUGGAUUACUUUUGGCCAUCGAUACGAAGAUAAACUUGGUUUCGAUGAAUCUCCUAAGAUAGCAUUGUUUAAUGCUAAUCUCGUUUUCGGGCACUUGGUUUGGCAUAUUCUUUCACAUUCAGCCGGUCCGAUCUUCGAAGUUGGCGAGCAACUCUGUACGUCGGCGGGGGUCUCGGAUGAACUCGUCCUCUGCCUGGUCAAGGACCGGCUUGGUCGCGUCUCCUGCCCCAAGCUGCGCCAGUUCAUCUGCCCGGCCUGUGGUGCGACAGGAGACCAGGCGCACACCAUCCGCUACUGCCCCCAGAUUAAGCCUCUCACCACCUCCAGCGCACUGCCCAACUCGAUGCUCGUGACCGCGUUGGCCAGCGGCAGCAGUAACAGCAACAGCAACAGCAACCUGGCGCCGUGUCAUGUUGGCGAUCAGGUUGGAGCCGGUGCGCAGGCCAACGGGCCCUUUGUCGACUCGGGGGCCGCGUGCUCUGCUCGUCUUCUCGAUCUCAUGGACCCCGCGUCUCUGCAGCUCUCCGAGGCCGACCUGGAGCGCUUCGAGCGCCUCGACCUGCUCCACCUUCUCUCUCCCGCCGUGCCCACUCCACUCCCUCUUCACACGCCCGCCACCGGCCCCAACACCAGCCCCGACAACGCCGCCUCCGCCCGCCACGGCCCGCCUCCCGACGUCCGCCGGUACAGCCGCGUCUUGUCGCCCUGGCAGCGGAAGCACCAACCGACGUCGAGCCAGCAAUUGCAGCGCGCCGCCGCAGCAACCACCUCCUCCCUUCCGCUCGUCCAAUCCGAGUUCUCCCGCUUUUACAGUCGGGCCGGGCCUCACGACGGCGACGGCGACGCCAACGGCGACGCCAACGGUUACUGCUGCAACAGCGACGACUUCGAUCAUCAUCUGCCCGCCCUUUGGUCCUCCUCGUCUGCCAAGCGCCUCCUCUUCGAGCCCACCCCCUCGGCCAAGCCCGCCACUCCGCCUCGGCUCCUGCGGCCCCGCUUCAACAGCGACAGCACCCAUGGCAACCACGGCAUCUGGAGUCCGUGCGCCGGUAUGCCGCACCCCUUGGCACGCCAGCUCGCCGACGCCUGCUCCUCCGGCCCGGAGUCCGCAGUCGCCGGCUCCUUGUCCGCCUCCUCCUCCUCCUCCUCCUUUCUCGCCGCCUCGGACCGGCUGCUCGACUCAUCUUUUUUCGCCAACCCCUUCGGCUACAGCAACGCCACCCUCUCCACCUCCGCCUCGUGCUCGCCGCACUCCAGCUCCUCCUUCUCCUUCUCCAUCUGCACGCCCACUCCGUCUUGUGUCUCGUCGCCACCGUUACCACCACCACUUCCACAACCUCUUUCCGCGCAGUCCGGCCACCUCCUCACGACCGACCACCAACACCUGCACGGUCUCCACUUGCAGCACCAACUCCGCCAAGAGGAGCUCCAACACCAGCGCCAGCUGCAACGUCAGGCUCUACUUUUCCGAAUUUGUUUACUCCAUCCCUCCACGUCCCUUCUCUUUCUGGACGAGUUUAUCGCUACCUCUCUCCGUAACUCCAUCCCAGCAACCGUUUUCUCGGGUUCCCCAAUUACCCCUCUCUUGGUGAGGCCGUAUCUCCUGCCCUCGAUCUGUGAUGUUGAUGUUGAUGUUGAUGUUGAUGGUACGGACGUCGGUGUUGUUGGUGCUGACGAUGACUCACUUCUCCCGACGACGGGCAGAAGACAAAGACCUACGGAAGGUCUUCGAUUCUCUUCAGACCGAUGGUCCCAAGCUAGACGGGAAGAGAGAGAGAGAGAGGACGACUGGAAAAAAGGCUUGGUUGUCCGGAGAGAGCGGAACCCGCCUGAGACGGCAGAGAAGCGGCGAAUGCGAGGCUUCGUCAGCCUCGAUGGGAUGCAUGGCACUCCUCGAGCACCAGUUGGCUCCAGACAAGAGCUCGUCCAGAUUGAAAUGGUGCCACUCGUUUGUUUAUUCUAUCAAGCCCGACUCGUCCAGGCCGUCUCGUCUGUUUACGAUCAAGUCGGACCGGCUGACUCUACCAAAUGCCUUGAUCUCACAGGCCCAUCAAAGCACGCAGCUCGUGCGCAUGCAAGCCAACCAUUCACACACACAUAA